AUGGCCGCAAGAGUAGUGGCACAACCGGUACAACAGCAUAAGCGAGGGGAAAUAAAUGAAGGUGAUUUGCUAGUAUCAAUGUGUCUGACACCUAUAGCAGUACCCAUGCGCUCUCAUAACGUGUAUCCAGAUUUUGGGUUCUACGGGCUACCUCAUGAGAAUUCGAACACGCAUAUCUCCAGAUUUAUCAGAAACUGUCAGAACUUUCAUGCUUCUGAGGUCAAUGAAGAUGCUAUUAAAUUACGACUAUUUCCAUUUACAUUGAGAGACGCUACAUUGGAGUGGUUAGAUGCGAAGCCUUAUGCCAGCAUUACCAUAUGGGAAGAACUGACCAGAAAAUUUUGCAACAAAGUCUUCCCACCGGCUAGAGUAGUUAAAAUCAGAUUGAAAAUUCAAAUUUUUCAACAAAAAGAUGGAGAAAGUCAUCACGAGGCAUGGAAUAGAUUUAAUGAGCUGAUGAGAAAAUGUCCACACCAUGGAAUUACUCUAGGAACCAAAUGCAGUACUUCUACACCGGGCUUACACCAUUGUCAAAAUCUCAAGUUGAUGACUCCAAAGAGUAGUACACCAAAGGCAGCAGGAAUGUAUGAAUUAGACGGCACAACAUCUAUCAAUGCACAGAUAGCAACUUUAACAAAACGAGUAGAGUUAUUUGUAAAAUUACAAACACAUGGAGCAAAUGCAAUGAUGGCCAAUUCAGUAUGUGAGAAUUGUGGGAGAAAUCAUGCUACAGAAAGUUGCAUGAUGCUCACUUCUUCAGAGGAACGAGUAAACUUUAUUCAAAAUAGCUCCCGUAAUUUCAACUCGUAUGAGAACAAUUUCCAGCAAGAAAGAAAACCAAGUUUGGGGGACAUGUUUCAACAAUAUGUGCAGAAGAUGGACAAGUUAACCCCCGUUAAAGUUAAAGUAUAUGUACCUCCACUUCCAUUUCCUCAAAGACUUCGAAAGAAGUCAAUAGAGCAAAAUAUUCAUGUCAUAAAUAUAAAGAGCGAGGUACAAUCGUCAGAGAUCACUAUAGAGAGACCCCAAAAAAAAAAAGAUGACCAGGAAGUGAUUGAUGAAACUACAAGGGUUGAAAAAUAUGCACCAAACACAACUGAAAAUGGAGAAAGUACAGAAACAUCAGCUGCCAAAGCACCAAGUCUAGAAAAAGCUUACAUGCCUCCCAUUCUCUCUCCUCAAAAGGUCAAGAAAAACAAACAAGACACAAAUUAUGAAAAAUUCCUUGAUGUUCUCAAGAAGCUUCAGAUCAAUGUUCCGUUCAUUGAUGCGCUACUACAAAUUCCAAGCUACGAGAAAUUUUUGAAAGAGAUGUUGACAAAAAAAAGAAAGCUUCCAGAGUUUGAAACUGUGGCAUUACCUGAGAAAAGUAGUGCAAGAUUAGAGCAACUUGCCUCCCAAGUUGAAGGAUCCAGAGAGGAAUUUGGACUAUGUGAAGUCAACUCAACAUCAAUAACGUUACAACUAACUGAUAGAACAAUCUCAAGGCCACAUGACAUACCAGAAGAUCGAGACAUUCCGGUUAUAUUGGGUCGACCAUUCUUAGCAACGGGACCAACCUUUAUUAAUUCAGAGAAGGGAGAACUAAUCUUGAGGAUAGAAGACAAGAAUCAUCACCCAUACCCCUUCUACCCAUUGGAACAUGAUGUCGCAGAAGACUCAACUCAAUAUGGACAUGGAGAAAAUGCGACAAAUCUCAAGUUUGGAGGGGGGAGAAUGUGGAAGAAGAGUAGAUCACAUACAUCACCAAGACACUACAACAUCAUAGGCAAUACUAACGUUUCAGGGAAGAUGCAUAUUAGGAAAAGCGAUGCAAAAAGAGGAACUAAAACGGAUGAAGAGAUCAAAAAUAAGGAAAUUGGAACAAAAAGACAACGCCUAGGCGCUGCAAUCAUAGCGUCCAGGCGCUACCAUCAACAUCUAGGCGCUACGCUUACAUUGAUGCGGCGUUUAGGCGCUGGAUCCUAG